AAUUUUAGGGAAUGGAGUGGGAACAGUGUAAGGAAAAUAUAAAACCUAAGCGGGAGGGCAGGAACAUAUCCCACAUUAAUACAACACCCAAAGGAACGCCCAUGUUGGCUCAGAUCCAAGAAAAGCAGGGAGCAUUUGAGCGUGAGAUAAAGGAUUACGAGGGAGAAGAUGAAAUGGAAGUGUGGGUGAAAUAUGUGAGGUACAUGGAGGAUGCAUUCCCGGAGGGAGACUAUCUCAGCAAUGUUGGGACCCUCCAAUUCAGACUUAUCAAGAGGUUUCAGGAGGACGAGAAGUACAAGCAAGAUCCGAGGCUGCUUCGCAUAUUUCUAGACCUAGCCAAUCACUCCGUUCAUGCUACUGAUGUGUACGCUUACUGCUUCUAUCACAACCUUGUUACCACGUUCAGCAAGUUUUGGACGAAUUGGAUAACUUGUUGGAUUUACAAACAGCGAUACGACAAAGCUUUGAAGAUCUGUGAGAAAGCUAUUAAAAUAUUCAAAAACACAUCAACAUUUCGAGGAAUGAAGAUACAAAUACUUCAUGCCAUGGACUCUUCUAACACAGAGAACAUGAUGGAAAACAUUGAAGAUUUGAGAAAACCUGGCGAGGAAAUAUUUAAAGACUAUUCACAGAACCAACUACCUGGGCCUUCCAGUAGAAGCAGCUCGGCUAAAACUCAGUUUUCUAUCUUUACAGACAAAAAUUCCCAACCUUCUUCUCUCCCGUCCAUGUCUACAAAUCCUCUCGAAACAAGGACUAGGUGCAAGGAGAAUGCUCAGCCGAAGAAACAGCGCUGGAAAAACGUGAUAGCAGAAACUGAAAGUACUGUACCAAUUGGAAAACCCUUCUCCAUAUUCGAGGAGAGCAGCGGAUCUAAUCAGGACAAGCAAAAGUUUGAGAAGAACUCAACUGCACUGAAGGCCAAGAAAGUAGCGACUUCAGCUGAAACAGCUCCUUCAAGUUCGAAAGUUCCCGUUCUGAAAGGUAGUUCUAAUCUUGUGAGCACAGUCGGCUAUCACAAGAGCAAAGUUUAUCCUCUCAGUGGCCAAGUGUGGUCAUUUGAGGAAAUAGAAGCACAAAGGAGAUUUAAUGCUAGGAACAACUCUUUAAACUCUUCAACCAACUCUCCAAAGAGAUCAUUAGAUUCAGAUAGUGAAUCAAAUGACGGCAAAAAAUGUAAGCGCUCUGUUUCCGAGUCAUUUGAAGACAGUUUUGGUUCGAAACCAUUAAAAUCGUGCCUUUCCACUUCUAAAUUUGGUUCAAAUAUUACUGAAUUCAAUAUUGAAAAUACAAUAAUGUCGUCUACGAAGAAAAACAUUUGCAAAGAACCAGAAAACAAAGACUCAGUCAUGGCACCCAACUUUGGUGAUGCGCUUCAGCUGAAACAGAGAUCCUCAUUAAACUUAUCUGCCAGAAGUGACUCUUCUCUCUUCACAUCAGACUUCAAGAAACCUGUAGAGGACAGUUUGAGGCUAGCCUCAAGGAAAUGUGAGUCAUCUCUUGAUGAUCCUGAUAACAAAGACGAUGCGUCCCAAUGUGAGUUAAGAGAUGGAGAGUUGUUCGGCAAUGAUGGUCCUUCUGACUUUACAUUUAAAGGUCUCCAAACUAGCAUAGGUUUACCUGAAGCUAAGUCCCAUUUUGCUAUUUACGAAGACACGGUAGUGCGCGAGGGUAGGGUUGAUGGGCCUCCUAAGGAGCCUGAAAUAAUUAAAGGUGCUUUCUCAAAGAAGAAACUCAAGCUGAAAAGUCCUCCUGAACCUAAUGAUAAACCGUUAUUCGAAAUUUUCAGUGAUAGUGGCAAGGCAACACCUGUUAAAGACCAAGACGAUAUGUUAUUUGGAGACAACUUUGGUCUUGACGAUAUCAACAACUUCGAUGGUAGGCCAUCUGAUGCUUUUAAAAUCUUCAAGAAAACUCCUGAAAAGUCGGUGGAGGAAUCGUAUUCUCUGAAAAGAGUUCACCUAACUCCGUGCAAUAACUCUACCAACAACUCCUAUGUUCCAUGUACUGUAGAGAAGAUGGGAGUCAAACUAAAAAGCACCGAUACUCAGCUCAUACAAAAACAAGUGAUGAACAUCCUGAACGACUGCACGACAAUUUCUGAGGCUGACGAAAACUCUCCAAGCAGUAUAAAGCAUUCUGAAGAACGAAUCCCAGCUCAAAAUAAAGUUUCUUUUGCUCCAUUGUCGUCAGACAGUUACACUGUUCCAGAGGAAUCACUCAAGGAAACCGAGCUGGAGAAUGAGGCGCCACCUAAAGCCCCCUCAACCUUCACCAUAUUCUCUGAUUCAGAACCAGCUCCAGAUGUCAGUCUGACUGAUAAACAGCCGAUGGUGGUUCCCUUCAGUCAGGAGGAGUUCGAAGAGAAUAAGAUUCAUUUAACCCCGAUACUGGAGAAGAGUGGAGAGUCCCACUGUACAUCCCUGGAUUCAAACAAAACGUCUAAUGCGUUGUCUACUACCGAAGUAGAGAAAGCAGAGCAGACUGCUAAAAGUGAUUGUUAUGAAAAGACCUUAUUCAUGGAUCAUAAAAACUUAUUGGAGGGAACAAGACGAAGUAUUGAAGCUACAGCGACUAUUCCUACACAGAGGUCCCCCCUGAGAAAAGAGGAGAUUAGUUUCCCUGUCGAGCAGAUACCAGAAGUAGAGGAAGAGGAGCACUACUUCUUAUACCCAGAUAAAACUAACAGAGAUGUGCCACUAGACUGUACUCUACUAACUAGAGUCCCCCGCACCUCUCUCCUGCCUACUGAGCCUGUUACUGACCCCUAUAGUCAGACCAUGAUAGAACGAAUAGUCCAGUCGUUGGAUCCCCCGCUCUUCUACAGGCCUAGUUUCAACCAACACGACUUUGAUCUAGUGCCCAGGCGGGAGAUCACUCUCGGCGCGCUGCGUGUUAAGAACAUCACUCUGAUUGGCGAGGGAGCGUUUGCGAAGGUCUACUCUGGUGAUUGUGUGGACGAGAAUACGGGGUGUUCUGAACCGCGAGCAUUUAAAAUACAGUCACCUCCCUGUCCCUGGGAGUUUUAUAUCCUGAGUGAGCUACUGGAGCGGAUGAAGGAGGAUGAUACUUCCUACCAUGUAAGGGAUAUGAUCCUACCCUCACAUGCUGUCCACGUGUUUAACAACUCCUCUGUGCUGAUGACGAGUUUGUUUAACGAGGGCUCCUUGCUGGAUAUGAUGAACCACUACACAGCCAAUAGGAGGACAGUAUCUAACACUGUUAUCUGUACUUACACGCUGGACAUUCUGAGGUGUGUCAGUGCUAUUCAUCGUGCUGAAAUCAUUCAUGGGGAUAUCAAACCGGAUAACUUACUCCUUAAGGAUGCGGAGAACACCAUGCAAUCCAUGUCCAUGAAGAUGACGAAAAGUAUUGUUUUUGUGGACUUUGGUCGGUCGAUUGAUAUGAGGAUAUUACCACCAGAUUCUAAGUUUAAUGUGAGGUCGAGAACAGAGAUGUUUGAAUGUGUGGAAAUGCAGACCAAUCGACCUUGGACAUACCAGGUUGAUUACUACGGUAUGUUAUCAUGCAUACACCUCAUGAUACACAGCGAGUACAUGAAAGUCUACUACGACAAGCACUCGGGAAUGUGGCUACCCACCAAGAGCCCCCACAGACGUGUUGACCAGGACCUGUUCGGGGAAAUGUUUAAAAACCUGCUCAAUAUCACAGACUGUGACAAUAUCCCUAGUUUAGAUGAGUACAUUGUGAGGUUUGAGGAGUGUUUGAAGAGGAUUAAGACCCGGGAGAGACACACUGAACUUAAAACUCAUUAUCAGUUCAUGAACCAGCGGUGAGGCGCGAACUGUGUCAGGAGAGAACUGAGCUGUUCUCUCCGGUGAUACGUAGCCAGUGUAAAUAGAUAUGGUGUGUUCUCGACUGUAUUUAAAUUAUUUAUAUCAAACCAAGUCAAGUAAAUCAGAGUUUUAUGAUAAUGCCAAUUAUGAGUUAUAUGAUAUUAUAAUGCCAAUGAGUGUUAUAUGAUAAUGGAAGUUUAAUGAAAAGUUGUCGUCUAAAAUGUUCUAUGAAUGAACAGAUCACAAGCCUACACACUGAAUGAAUUAGUCUAG